AUGGCAAGUUCCGUUCAUAGUGCUGCAUGGCAGUAUUCCGCCCCCAUGGGUCCGGACAUCACCAGUAGUCCAAGCAACCGGGAAAGCUCCCCAAUCUACAGCACCGCGGCCGUGGUUACGAACCGGCUGGAUGCUAAAGUUUUUGCGUUUUACGUGAAACAGGCGGGUCCAUGGCUUGACAUUGCAUCGUCAGAUCGCCAUUUUGGAGAGACGGUUCCCAAACUGGCUCUCGUCACUCCCGUCUUAUUCUAUGCUUGCCUCGCAUAUGCGUCGCGCGUCCUGGUACUCAUGAAAGAGCUAGACCGGUCCGAGGGCGAUCGGUACCACGACCAAGCCAUAACCGCAUUAAUUCCACAACUCUCUACCGAGUCAGCGGCGCUGAAAAACGAGGCUCUGCUUGCAACUGUCGUUAUCCUACGAAUGUCCGAGCAAUUCUACGAGGUCCAAAAUGACAUGCAAUGCCACCUGCUGGGAGCAACAUCGCUAUUUGCUGGCAGCAAUAGAUGGUCUCUCGAGCAGCCUUCUUUGGAGGUUGCAUCAUUCUGGGUCUACAUACGCCAGAAUAUUCGAAUGUGUUUCUUGAACGAGCAGCCGUGCCAAUUUGACUUGGAUGCUUCUGCGCUGAGCAUCUCAUAUUCUCCGGCACCGGAAACGAUCUGGGCUAAUCGCAUCACAUAUCUAGCGGCACGAAUAUGUAAUGAAUGCUGGAAAGUCCCGACUGGAACGGGUCUCACGACCGGCCCGAAGGAGUCAUGGGACAAUUACGACCACUUACAAUCAUCUAUCGAACGGUGGGGACAAAGUGUGCCAGACAGCUUCCAGCCAUGGUGUCAUAUUCAAGACGAAUUUGAGCCGUUUCCUAUCGUUCGAUAUGUUAGCGUGUGGCACGCCAUUGCGUGGCAAUAUUACUAUAUAUGUAAAGUCAUGCUUGCACUAUAUGGUCGGCGUCAGACCGCAUGCGUGUCUCUCCUUGAAAUCAAUCAAUACAUGGAAUCCCAAGUGUUAACUCCUGCUCGACUGGUCUGUGGCAUAACGUUUUCCUGUGAUGACGUGGGGGCGGUCAUCAACGGCUCGCAUCUUGCUGCAUGGUGCGGGCAGCUCUUCUCCGGCAAGGAAGAACAGAGGCGCCUGCUUAGCUUUCUUCAAAACUUUAUGCAUCAGACCAAGUGGCCGAACGGGACCUGUUGUGAUCGUUUGCAGAGGAUCUGGGCCGGGCCCAAUCAGCCCUGGAUUGUGAGGUCGGCAACAUAA